GAUGGCCGUGUGUCCUUUUAGAGAAAAACUUUGAAUACUGAGACAAAGAGACUUUGAUUGAAUCACUAGAGCCUGUGUGGACUUGUGCGGAUAUAAACAAAAACUGUUCACUGCAGCUUCACUAUGGAGCUUGUCCCAAAAACCAAGUACACCCACUUUCGGAGUGAAUCGCUGAGCUCAACCGAUGAAACAAACUCCAAUCCAUCAUCGUUCCCUCCGUCCAGUCCAGCCACCCCGCUCACUCCCUCCCCUGGUCUGCCUUCUUCUCUCUCCUCCUCGUCUCUCACUCCUAUCUUGCCCCCUUCUCCCCGCCCGGCCGAGAACAGCCCCACCACCCUCUGCUCGUUCUUCCCCAGGAUGGGAUCCCUUCGCCUCGGAGUCUCUGCGACCCUUCUCCCAGGACUCAAGGCCUCGAGCAGGCCGCAGCAGCCUCACGCUCCUGCCGAGUUCUCUGGGGACGACCGGAGCAACUCCAGCUCCUCCCCUCCGCUUCAUCACACACUUCCCCCUUUAACCGCUCCUUCUCCCCCUCCUCGACCUCCUCUGCAGGACAUGAACCGGCUGGGAGGGGCGUCCAGGAAGGCCCGGGCGGAAGGAGCAGCCAGGAAGGCUCGGGUGGAAGGAGCGCAGCUGGGAGGAGACGAGUGGACGCGCCAUGGCUCCUUUGUCAACAAGCCCACCUGCGGCUGGCUGCACUCCGACAGUGUGGUCAGCACCACCGGCGUUUCCUACAGUGUACGGUACAUGGGCUGCGUGGAGGUGCUGCAGUCGAUGCGAGCGCUGGACUUCAACACCAGAACUCAGGUCACCAGGGAGGCGAUCUCUGUGGUGUGCGAGGCGGUGCCCGGAGCCAAAGGAGCCCAGCGCAGGAGAAAGCCUUCCUCUCGCUGUAUGACAUCCAUCCUGGGGAAGAGUAACCUGCAGUUUGCCGGCAUGACAAUCAGCCUCACCAUCUCGACCAGCAGCCUCAACCUGCUGGCCGCGGACUGUAAACAGAUUAUCGCCAAUCAUCAUAUGCAGUCCAUCUCCUUUGCCUCUGGAGGAGACCCAGAUACAGCUGAGUACGUAGCAUAUGUGGCCAAAGACCCGGUCAACCAGAGAGCGUGUCAUAUCCUGGAGUGUUCAGAGGGUUUAGCCCAGGAAGUCAUCAGCACCAUCGGUCAAGCCUUUGAACUGCGGUUCAAACAGUACCUAAAGAACCCCCCCAAACUGGUCACACCUCAUGACAGAAUGGCUCCGUUUGACGGCUCUGCAUGGGAGGAAGAAGAUGAUGAGGCUGCUCCACCUCCUGACGUCCCUUACUAUAAUAAUUUCCCUGGAAAACAGCCUCCCCCUGGUGGACUGAUUGACAUGAGGACCCGCCCAGGAGCCACGCUUCCGUAUGGACAGCCAGGCCAGAAUGACAUUCACAAGCAGCCUCUGCCGCCUCUACCAGUUGGUGCCAAAGAAGGGGGACGGGAAAUGUUUGAUGACCCUUCAUACGUCAACGUGGACAAACCCCGCCUCCCAGUUGCAGCUAAUGGGAAUGCUCACAGAGAUGCUUUUGACAUGAAGCCAUUUGAUGACGCCCUGGGAGUCUCCGGGCAAGGCGGGCAAAACUCUGUGACAACGGCGCCCCCUCUGGUGCAGCAGCUGCAGGGCGAGGCCUGGUUCCACGGUAGCUUAAGUCGCAGGGAAGCAGAGAGGCUGCUGACCCGCGAUGGAGACUUUCUGGUGCGAGAGUCUGGGACCACGCCCGGACAAUACGUCCUCACGGGACAGCAGGGGGGUCAGCCCAAACACCUGCUACUAGUCGACCCAGAAGGAGUGGUCCGUACAAAAGACCAUCGGUUUGAAAGUGUGAGUCACCUGAUCAGCUACCACAUGGACAACAGGCUCCCCAUCGUCUCAGCUGGUAGCGAAGUGUGUCUGCAACAGCCAGUAGAACGCAGAGCCUGACAAUACACACACACACACACACACACACCAAUGAAUUCACUCCACCAAAUAUACACACGCUCCUGCAGCAAUUAAUCACAAGACAAACACACCUUCAUAUGCUACUAUACACACUUCAACGCUACACUUAACACACGCAUACAAUAAUACAUAUGCACGCAACAUUGCAAAGAAAGCCAAAAAAAGAAAAAAUAAUCACCAGUUUUUCUGUUAAAUCACUCACUUGCUGCUGUUGCUACGUAUUCCCGUCCUUUUCUGAAAGCCAAACUGUGACCCGCAGUCUUCGACACCCAACAACUAUCAGGCGCAACACUCCACAACGGAGAAGCACUGCUGCAAUUUCUCAACAGCCUACUGUGAACCAGGGAGGAGCCCUUUGCUAAUUUCAGAUGGGGCAGAAAACAAAUGCAAUUUUAUUUUUUUUUAAAGGAAAAAACUAAUCUUAAAAUGCGAAAAUGAAAAACAAAACAAACUGAACACUUUACUAAUACAUGGAAUCUUGUACAAAAAACAAAUGUGGAACUGAAACAAGAAGAAAGGAGCAUAAAUGGGACAACCAAUGAGAUUUUCUGUGCUUUCAAGCAUAUGUUGUUUCAGUCAGGGAAAUGAUUUCCCUCCUCAGACUGUUGCUGGAGCACGUUAGGCUGAACGCAAACUGGACGGUAAUGGUUCUUUGUUUCAGAGACAGACCCAGGCUCAAGCAUGAACUCUCCCCUCAAGUGUCACUGGAGCACUUCAGCAGUAAACCUGACUUUGAAAAAAAAAAAAAUAGGUUAUUAUGCAUUAACGAGUUUGCUUCCAACCUAAUCAGGAGGGCCACCCUACCCCCAACCACUCCCCUUUUAAGGACUUUGAACUUUGACCCCCGGAGUGAUACCUGGUGAUGAUAAAAGCCUGUAUGCAUAACUGGGGGACUGCUAUACCAAUGACCAUGUUCUUUUUUUAUUUCCAUCUGUUAUCUUGGGACUUAUCACUUGUUGGACAUUCUGAGUUGAGGAGGAUCUAAACAGCUGUAUCUGCCUAAUCUCUCCGCAAACACAGACACACAUACACCUUUAGAACACACACGGUCUGCACCACCUGUCGUGCCAAAGAACAUGAACUUGGUCGCUAACAGCAGAGAAAGCCAUGACAAUUAUCAGCAGUUAUCUUGUGUGCUUUCAGCAUUGGGAGCAGGUUUAGAUUUAGAAAGCAUAUUAAAAUGAGCCUGCUUUAAAGGGGAGACGAAUCUAGGCGAUUAUGCCUGAAUACAUCAUCAAAAAGGGGAUUUUUUUUAAAGUAAAUUGUGCGUUGAUGUCACCCACAAACACAAGAACAACUACAUUAAGAAGAGCAUCACUUUGACUGUUGCUUUUUUGGACUCCUUAGUAUGUGUUUGCACUGACAAUCUAUGGGUUAUAUCUUUACAGAGGAUUCUGACUGAAAGCAAAAGAGAGUAGAAAAAAGAGGAACCCCUUUAAACGUUGGCUAAUGAGAGACGUUGGAAUAGUCAAAGCAUUGAAUUUCCCUUUGCAAAAAAAUGAUGCAAAAUAUGACAUUGUAACCUGUAAUUUUGUGUAUUGUAAUGUUGCUUUAUUUUUUAAAUCACUUGAGGGAAUAAUGUCCUUUUUGAAAAAAAAAAAAAAAAAAAUGAAGUGGUUUGGGGGAGCAUUGCUAAUGUUAAACCAAAUGUUGUUGAUGCUGUUUUCACAACCUUUUGAGGAUCCGGAGGGGGAGAGGUUCACGCUAUUGUUUCUCCUUUCCUCUUCCUCCUCCCUCAGUUCAUGAUGAUGAUGAUGAUGAUGUUGUUUUUUUAUAUAUUUUUAAUUGUGCCUUGUUUUUUCAAUGCAGUCACAUCACUUCAAUGCAGUCACCUUAUGUACUUAAUUCAAAUGUAGAGGACUACAGGAGAAUCUUACACAAGCCUCUCAGUUAAAGAAAGACUGUGCAAAAAUGACACUCCAUUAAACACACAAACGGAUCCAGUGAUGGCAAUCUCCUCUGAUGCACGUUCUUGCAUACAGCUUAUAGUCACAGAUACUUGAUGUCACCAAUCAGGGUGGGGGUAUUUCCUGACCAUCUGUAAAUAACAUCAGCUUUUGAAUGGUCAGCUUAGUAUCGGAUCGAUGUUCUCAUAGUUGUAUCUUUAACGCAGUAUUUGAUAAGUAACAGACACCACAGCACUGAGGUAGCCCUUCUUAAAGACAGUUGAACUUGUGAAAGAGAUCGAGGCAAAACUCCUGAAAUAUGAGAAGGAAUCUUUCUACUGUCCUCAGACCCUGAAGUGGGCUUACAUCCAAUCUUACAUGCACACACACAAACACACACAUACCAGAGUGACAGCUGGGACAGUCAGACACUCACUCUGCCUGUUCAGGUGUUUGUAGGUCAGAGAUAGGAUACCAGAGCUUUAAGAUCUGCCAUUACUCUGUGAGCGUGUGCUGCAACACACCCACCUGCCCCUCUGCAUCAUUAGUGAAUGGGUCUUGUGCUAUCAUCGCUCAUCACAGAUGCCUUUUGUUGCAUGAAAAUCUUUUUAAAAUGUGUUGUUUGUCGUUGGUGGUGGUGAAAGUGUUGAUGUUGUUGUACUUGCGUUAAUUUGUGAAAGCCAAAGGUUACUUUCAAAAAGCGUGCACAGAUUGAUUUUUACUUUAUAUGUUUCUGUUUUAAUACUUUGUUUUUUGUUUGUUUAUAGGGAAACAUUUCUGUUUACACCUGUAUCUGAAAAUAUAGAUUGCAUAUAUAAAUACGUAUAUCAUU